AUGUCCGAGACACUCGAGAUGUGUCACGAUUCGACUGACCGGAAUGAUGCGGUUUCUUUACUUGAACCGCAUGCAACCAAAUGCGAGCGACGCGAUUUGUCGGUCGCUCGACGACAAUCGAGGGACACUUCCAAACAAAGGCGAGACGCGUAUGUGUGGCGCUACAGCUGGUGGAUAGUGGUGCUGUGUCUGUUCUCGCUGGCAUCGCCGGCUGCUGCCGCAUUACUCACCUUCGAAAACUGUUUAAGCAAGGCGACCCUCGACUCUAACCCGUUAAAGCUGCAAUAUGUACCGCUCGAUGUCGGCGUUUGGUUCAAUCUGAGCGACCCUCUACGUCCGUUGAAUGUCACAGUUUAUGGAAAUGUAUCGGGCACGGCGGACCAGACAACGGAUUAUCCCUCCGAGGAUGAUGCCUCUUGGAAUAACCCCAAUGUCACCGAGGGCAAAAUCGUGGACCUGGAUAGCACGAAUUACAAGUACAGCACGCUGUUGACCGCAUUCGAUGUCUUGAGCUUCUCUGCUUUUCACAACGCUUCGAGGUUUUGCACGUCUUUGGUUCAGGGCGACUGCCCGCUAGGGCCGGUGUUCCACUACAAUUUGAGCGACCCGAGAACCCUUCGCGCAUUUUCCGUCGAACAUGAUAUGCUCUCUACCUACCGAUUCUCGACGAUUACCCCAAGCUUCAUCAUCCGAUCCGGAGAUGCAGCGGCGGACAUGCUGGGGUGCAUAACCGUUCCGAUUACACCGGACUUCGGCUCGCUUCUGAAAAACGCACUGGCAUAUGUACCUUUGGCUAUUUUGAUUUUGGUUGCUAUUGGGACGGUCACCGCAGCCAUGUACACUCCAUGGGGCACGACUGAUAUAUUCCGUUGGACCAGCAAUUACGGCCGUGAUGAGGAUAUCCUGCGAUUGGUCACGCCGGGAUUUGCUGAUUGUCUGCAAUAUAUCCAAUUCGUGGUGCUAACGGGUUCCUUGUCAUUGGAUUACCCAGGCUUCUUCCAGCCCGCCGUGAGUCAUGGAUCUUGGUCCGUUCUCAUGUUCAACCAGAGCUUUGUCAAUCCCGGGGGUAACAACCCAAUUGUCGAUGGUGUAUAUGCAGUCAAUGGCUCAUAUGGCUUGGAUCGCAUGAGCCAGCUGGUUGGAAUGACCACCAAACAGGAUAUUUGGCCGGGAAUGAUCAUCUGGCUUCUGGUGAUCUUGGGAAUCAUUGCCCUUCUUAUCCAACUGGGCUUCGCCUUCCGCUGGGUGCAUCGUGAGCUGGCACAUAGCACUGAGCAGGAUCUACGCGCCAAGAAUAUGCCAUUCACAGUGGGAAACAUCAUACGGAUUGUCUUCAACUACUUCCUUCUUCCCAUCAUUUCGCUCUCCUUUUUCCAGCUUGUCACAGCGCAGGGAUCUCCUGCCCAGAGUGUUGCAUUGGCUGCAAUCGUGAUAAUCAUACUGAUCUGCUUCGCCAUCUGGUUCAUCCGGGUCAUUGUGUCCACUCGACCCAAGUCCCAUCUCUUUGAUGACCUUCCCACGGUUUUGUUAUACGGGCCACUCUACAAUACGUACUGUGAUGAUGCGGCGGCCUUUGCUGCGGUCCCGAUCGUCCUCAACAUCGCGCGUGGUGUGGCCAUUGGUGCUUUACAGCCCUCGGGUAUUGCCCAGGUUGUAUUGCUAGCCAUCUGCGAAGUGGUAUCUGUGCUUACAAUAAUCGCGUUCCGACCUUUCCCUGGACCGACGCACAUGAACCUCUACCAGUGCCUGUUUUCAUUCAUCCGAUUUCUUACCAUCGUUCUAAGUGUGGUCUUCGUCCCGUCCCUCACCAUGUCCCAAUCGUCACGUGGCUGGAUCGGCUAUGUGAUCCUCGUGCUGCAUGCCUUGGUCCUCAUUUUUGGCUUCUUUCUCAGCGCUCUACAGACUUUGAUCGAAGUUCUAGCACGAUUAGCUGGUGCUGGUGGUGCCACCCGUGGUGGUCUAGUGAAGGUUUUCGGCAAGCGUCAGUUGUCAAGGCGCGUUCCACGACGUGAUCUCACCCGACAGAGCAUGGGAUCCGAGGCGGCUAUGUUGGCCAAUGUCGACGAGCGCCUGUCAUCUCAGUUUGAAGGCUCACGAGCCCGCAGUUUGUCAGGAAGUUCGGCCCUGCUGCUGAAUCGUGCGACAGCGAGUGAGGGCCGCACCAGUGCAAUCUUGGAUUAUGCUAGCUCACAUGGUGGACACAGUCGUGCCACAAGUGCAAACCUGAUCGCGCAAUCCCCUACUGCUUAUACUGGAGCUGGAUUCCCUGCUAGCUCCCCAAGCAGUAGUACUUUUAUGGCGGCAUCCCCGCGAGAUCCGUACUACCGGCCCCCAAGACCGGGCCGACGCACACGUCGUCCCAGUACCGGAGAUAGGAGCAAGCGAAGUUCCAGAACCUUCAUGAAGCCAAGUCGAGUUGGCACAGAGGAGGACAUCGUAGAUGACUCAGGCCGAGACACACCAGUCCCUGCGUAUCUACCUGCCCCCAAGGAUGAUAUGGAAAUGGAUGAUUCACCGCAGCGAACGGACUAUGCUGUACGUGAAGUUGACUUUUAUUACCGAGUCCGUGGGCCACCACUCUCCCAUACUGGCACUCGCAAGUUGAAGACUGGCCCAGCAGAUCCCACUGGCCCCGUUUCAUCGGCCACAGGCUGGUUCCGGAAUAUGUUCCAGGGUAAGACCAAGGAUAAAGGCAAGGGUUUCGAGGUGGUCCGAAGUGCUCGAGCACCUCCGCCUGGCCUGUUCCCGCAACGCGAUUAUAAUGAGCCCUACCACGAUGAUCCAGAGGAUCCAGAAGCUGGGGAUGCAGAUGCAGAGGCAUAUUCAGGCGAGGGAGCAUACCGUGACUCUGAACGUGACCGCGAAGCCAGAAAGUCGGGCGAUGAGCAAGGACCGGCGACUGUUGGCGGCAUCGGUAUUGAGCUAGCAAGUCGAUCUGGGUCUCGUCACUCGCGAGCCGCAUCUGAAAAAGACGGUGAAGAUAUUUCAGGGGUUCUAUCUGCGGUGACUGAGGCUUCUCAAUCAAGAGCCAGCACAGAGGCUCAUUCCGACCACCUGCGACCCGAGUCCCCAACUACAGCACGGUUACCCUUUAGUGGUAACAGCUCGCCAUCCCGGGAUAGGGGCCUGUCCGUUGCAUCUACAUCCGGCUCAAUGACUUCCAGUCACAGAACCGGCCGUGAUGGAGUACGCACCGAACGACCCUCCAGUCUGGGCUACGUCGCUAAACAUCGCACACAAGAUAACAUUCACCAAGCAAGCCCCGACGAACCAUCUUUUGCCGGCAGCCAAGCCGAGCUAGUUGAUGAACAUUUACAAAAUGAACAAUAA